AUGCUCAUGCUCGUAGUACUCAUCUCAAUGAUGGGUAUGACCGAUGGGCAGCAUAAUCACCAUUGGCCAUGGGGCAAUUGUAAUUGUGAUACAAGCUCAUGGUAUAGUGGUGAUCAUCACUGUCAUUGUCCUACCGGUACGCGAUGGCCAGGUUAUGAAGAGAAAAUAUGGGACAAUCCAAAUCAUCAAAUUUUUCGCAUUGGUGGUAGAAGCCCGCCUCUUGAGUGGUAUUAUGAUGGCAAAAAAUAA